GCCGCUGAGGGCGACGCGCCGGUGCGGCCCCUGUGCAAACCGCGGGGCAUCUGCUCCCGCGCCUACUUCCUGGUGCUCAUGGUGUUCGUGCACCUGUACCUGGGCAACGUGCUGGCGCUCUUGCUGUUCGUGCACUACAGUAACGGCGACGAGACCACCGACCCGGGACCCCAGCCUCGUGCCCGGGAAGACCCUCCCCCGGCCCCCGCUCUGAGCCCCCUCCCCCGGCUGGAAGGCAUCAAGGUGGGGUACGAACGCAAAGUCCAGCUGGUCACAGACAAAGAUCACUUCAUCCGAACCCUCAGUCUGAAGCCGCUGCUGUUUGAAAUCCCUGGCUUCUUGAGCGAUGAGGAGUGUCGCCUCAUCAUCCACCUGGCCCAGAUGAAGGGCUUACAGCGCAGCCAGAUCCUACCCACUGAAGAGUAUGAGGAGGCAAUGAGCACUCUGCAGGUCAGCCAGCUGGACCUCUUCCGGUUGUUGGACCAGAACCACGAUGGUCACCUGCAGCUCCGAGAGGUUCUGGCCCAGACUCGUCUGGGAAACGGAUGGUGGAUGACUCCGGAGAGCAUUCAGGAGAUGUACUCGGCAAUCAAGGCUGAUCCUGAUGGUGAUGGAAUGCUGAGUCUGCAGGAGUUUUCCAGUGUGGACCUUCGAGACUUCCACAAAUACAUGAGGAACCAUAAAGCCGAGUCGAGUGAGCUGGUGCGAAACAGCCACCACACGUGGCUGUACCAGGGUGAGGGCGCCCACCACGUCAUGCGCUCCAUCCGCCAGAGGGUGCUGCGCCUCACUCGCUUAUCACCAGAGAUCGUGGAGCUCAGUGAGCCACUGCAGGUUGUGCGAUACGGUGAGGGAGGCCACUACCAUGCCCAUGUGGACAGCGGGCCUGUGUACCCAGAGACCAUCUGCUCCCAUACCAAGCUGGUAGCCAAUGAGUCUGUACCCUUCGAGACCUCCUGUCGCUACAUGACCGUGCUGUUUUAUUUGAAUAACGUCACCGGUGGGGGCGAGACUGUCUUCCCAGUAGCAGACAACAGAACCUACGAUGAAAUGAGUCUAAUUCAGGAUAACGUUGAUCUCCGGGACACUCGGAGGCACUGUGACAAGGGGAAUCUGCGUGUCAAGCCCCGGCAGGGAACGGCAGUCUUCUGGUACAACUACCUGCCUGAUGGGCAAGGUUGGGUGGGUGACGUGGACGACUACUCGUUGCACGGGGGCUGCCUGGUAACACGAGGCACCAAAUGGAUCGCCAACAACUGGAUCAACGUGGAUCCCAGCCGGGCACGGCAAGCCCUGUUCCAGCAAGAGAUGGCGCGCCUGGCCCGCGAAGGGGGCGGCGACUCGCAGCCAGAGUGGGCCCUGGACCGGGCCUACCGCGAUGCACGCGUGGAGCUUUAAGGGAGGGGGGCGACGUGGAGGCCCGCUGUACCCCACCCCCUGCGGAUGUCCCGCCCCGCCCCGCCGCCACCGCGGGCACCCCCUAGAUUCCUUGGUAUUUAUGGCGUCCAGACCCCACCCCCACGCUACCCGGGCAAAUAAAAACCACCAGGCU